AUGAAGCUAUCCCGCAUGUUGUCCUCAGUUUUUGCGGUGCUGGCCGCCUUGAUGUGCUUACUGCAGCAAGCAGCAACGACGUCGAUCUCACUGGACGAGCUAGAGAGACUACUUGAUGCUCCUGUGUCUGAGGCCCCAGUGACCGUCUCGGGUGCUGGUGGAGACUCUGGCAGCCGAGUAAAUCCAGGUAACCAUGGAAGUCUGCCAUCCACAAGCAUUGAUGGCAGUUGGUCCGACAUCUUGCACCGUCAAAGCAGCGAAGAUGCUCGAUCUGCAAUUCUCCAAUAUGACCCUUCGGCGACAGUCACUGGCCAGUGGCAGCAUCCUAGCACCUCUGACAGCGGUCUUGGCGGGCCUGGCAACAUUUUUAUUCGCCAGCUCGAUCUGAAUGAGCGUACGCAGGCACUGACGGCAAUCAAGGAUCAGUUCUACACUCAGCUAGGCUCUCGCGCUAGAGGCAAUGAGGUCCGUGUGUGGCCUUAUCAGGGACAACUCAGUUGGAAAGAUUUUGCUUAUUGCGUUGGUACACUGCCGAACCUUGAUGCCAAGUUCGGAGUCUGGCCAUACAGGCUUGGUGAGAAUCAAUAUCUACUCCAACAAGCGAGCAGCACGGGUAGGGCCUUUCGGCUGCUCAGCGGCUAUUCUCCACCCAAUCACAGUCGAGUCUACUUCUACGUCUUUCGAGAAGCUGGGCCAAGAGGCUCCGAGCUUUUCCAAUUCAUUGGCACAUUUCGAACUCCAGACAGGAGUCGUUUGCUUCCUUUUCGACAAGCAUAUUUGAUACCCGUAUCAAGACAAGUUAGGUCCGUUGAAGUGAUCAGCAGAUCGCUAGUUCGGCUGCACUUCCAAAGUGACAGCAUUUCGCCCGUAUUAGACUCACAGUAG